AACUCAUCGCAAGGCUAAGACCGUUCAUAAUCGCUGAAUUAUGUUCGUUUGGUUUAAUUGAUUUUUAAAUAUUUUCAAUAUAUCAAUUGUGUUUUAAUUAAAAUUUUUGUGAGAAAAGAAAGAAAAAACAAAAAAGCCAUAUUACACAAAAUGAUCACCCCAAAAAUCCUAACCUUAACCUUCGUGGCGCUCCUCGUUGUAUCAUACACAGAUGCAGCGAGAAUAUUAGCAGCUUUUGUAUUUCAAGCCAAAAGCCAUUACAUGAUGCACAAUGUUCUAAUUAAAGAACUUAUUAACAGAGGUCAUGAAGUGACAUUUAUUACAAGUAAUUCAAUGAACAAGAAUUUAGGAGAAAAUUAUACUGAAGUUCUAAUUGAUCCAGUGUACAACUAUGAACCUGAUAUUAAAAAACACUUCAAUUAUGUUGAAAAAGCAGACUUUACAAGCUUUUCAUUGGUUGAUUUCUUAAAAUUGUUAGAAAUUAUUGGAGAAAAAACAACUGAACAUGCUUUAAAGCAUCCAAAAGUUCGUGAAAUAUUCAAUCGCAAUGAAACUCACGAUGUUUAUGAUUUAUUGAUUGUUGAACAAUUCUAUCAAGAAGCUUUUCUAGCUUUGAGAUAUAAAUAUAACAUCCCUGUGAUAGCAUCCAGUACUUUGGGUUAUGAGAAUCAUAUGAGUCAAAUGAUGGGUCUUAUGACUCCUUGGUCAUAUGUUCCACAUGGAUUCCUGCCAUUCGAUGAUAAGAUGAAUUAUUGGGAAAGAUUGAUGAAUACUGUUGCCUCACUAUACACAGAUUUGUACAGAGAGUUUGUAUAUUUCCCAAAGCAAGAUGCUUUAGUAAAGAAAUACCUAUCACAUUUACCAGUAAAAAUUCCAAAAGUCUCUGAAAUGGAAAAGAAUGUAUCGCUGAUGUUACUUAACAGCUAUGUCCCACUCACAAAACCAAGACCAUCAAUGUUGGGAAUGAUUCCAGUCGGUGGUAUGCACAUUUAUCCAGCUAAUCCCCUGCCAGCUGAUAUCAAACAGUUCUUGGAUGGAGCCACACAUGGCGCCAUCUACUUUAGUUUAGGAAGUCAAGUUAAAUCUCAAAACAUGCCCCCAGAGAAGCUUGCAGCGUUUCUCGAUGUGUUCAGAGGCAUGAAACAGAGAGUCCUUUGGAAAUUCGAAAAUGACAAAAUUACAAACCUGCCAAAGAAUGUGAUGAUCAAGAAAUGGAUGCCACAGACUGAUAUUCUGGCUCACCCAAAUGUCAAAGUAUUUAUCACACAUGGAGGACUUUUUGGAACUCAAGAAAGUGUCUACCAUGCAGUUCCAAUGUUGGGAAUUCCUGCCUAUGGUGAUCAGUUCCUCAACAUGAAAAAAGCUACUAACGCUGGCUAUGCUAAAACUCUUAUCUUCCAAGACAUUACCAAAGAAACACUCAAAGAAGCUCUGACGGAACUUAUAGAAAAUCCAUCAUUUAAAAAAACUGCCCAACUAACAUCUCAAAUUUUUAGAGAUCGUCCCGAAUGCCCACGUGAAACUGCCAUGUAUUGGGUAGAUUAUAUCAUCCGUUAUAAGGGUGCCCCACACAUUCGUUCAGCUGGCCUUGAUUUGGCUUGGUAUGAAUUCUAUUUGUUGGAUGUUAUUGCAACAUUAGUUUUUGGAGUCACUGUUGUUGUGAUAUUUAUGUAUGUUGCGAUACAAUAUAUAAUUGGAAAGACAAAAAUUAAAGAGAAAAUGAGUUAGAGAAUGAAUGCGGAUAUAUGAGUUUUGGUUGUGAGAGGCUCGUGUUUAGUAUUAGAUGAGAGAGAGAUUAAAAUCGAAUUAGUUGAUAAGUUCUUGAUAUAGUGCAAAAAUGUAU